AUGCUGUCCUACCUUUCGAUGCCGACACAACAUCCCUUCGACAGGCCGCCAACAGAGGCGGCCUUCGAGCUCCUCACUCCUCAAGAACACCCGGACAAGCUUCGGCAACAAGAGCAACAAGAGAAGCCAGAGCAACAGCAACAACAACAACCACAGGAGCCUGAGCCCCAACCACAAGCAGAGCUCAUCUCCUUAGAUUCCGAUGGUGACCUCAUCCUUGUCGUCCGCGACCCCUCUAAGUCCACAACCCGCCACUUCCUCACCAGCUCCUCCAAGCUUGCUCAAGCGUCGCGAGUCUUCUGCACAAUGCUCGGCCCCAAUUUCUCCGAGGGCCAGCGUCUGCGGUCUGAGCCCAACAAGGACGAGCCGGCAACCGUGACCCUCGAUGAAGAUGACGUCGACGCCAUGGACUUUAUUCUGAGUGUCAUUCACACCGACACAUCGCGCAUCAUGACCGUUACCCUUACUGCGAGGGACAUCGUUGCCAUUGCUCUCCAAGUAGACAAGUAUGACUGUGCGCAUGCCCUUCUGCCGUGGAUUAAUGCCUGGUGCAACCCGAAUUGCUUCCCCAUCGACAAGAAGGAGAAGACAAGGGAUAUGGGGUAUGCCCUGCUCGCUGCAUACCUGUUUCGGUCGCCCAACUUUGAGAGGAUAUCUGCCUUUUAUGUGAAGGAUCUCCCGCCGGAUUUUGUGGAUACCUGGGCGAAGGAGGAGGUAUUGGGGAGGUUACCUGAGACUGUAUGGGAGGGCCUCCUCACCCAAGUAAACACGACCCUCCGCUCCCUGCGCCUCCUCGUCCUCCGUGUAGCCGAGGACCUCCGUCGCGAGCGCCACAUGAAGCGCUGCCAAAACACCAACUGUGUCGUUUGCUCUUCACCGAACAGUCCCAAUUCUCCUGCUGCCUCGGAACCCCUCCUGCAGAGCCGUUGCCCCCGCGGCAUGUCAGAAUACCUGGGUGUCCUCCAGGGUGUCGAUAUCUGGCCCUCCUUGCUGCCGUUUGAGACGCUCAGUGUGAACAACGUGGUCGAGUUGAUUGAAACAUUGCCUAAACAGGUGGCUCAUCGUUGCUCGGAUGGGACGCAUUGUCGGUUGAAGUGCGGAGUGGAGGAGUUGUGUGCCAAAGUGAAGGGGGAGAGGGAUUCUAUGAAGGGUGUGCCACUUCCGCCGCUGGAAGGGUAA